AUGGAAACUUGCCAAAACCUGUACCCUCCGCAUCAGCCGGAUAAGCUGAGCUUCAUCCUUUCAGACAGGGUGGCUGAUGGAGGGGUAAGCAUGUGGUGUGAACUAGAACAGGAGAACUUCAGUGAAUUUCAAAUGGAAGUUGUUUCUGCAGAAAACAAUGAGAUUUAUUUAGAGCUGACAUCGGAAAACUUCUCUCGAGCCUUGAAAACUGCCCAAAAUGCCAGAACUUUGAAGAUCGAGCUGACCAAUAAACACUUUCCCGGCCUCACAGUCUCUGUAGAACUGCUAUCUCUAUCAAGCACUAGUCGCAUUGUAACACAUGACAUCCCCUUAAAGGUUAUUCCAAGAAAACUGUGGAAGGAUUUACAAGAGCCUGCAAUCGCAGACUCUGAUGUUAGUAUUUAUUUACCAGUGUUGAAGACUAUGAACAGUGUGGUGGAGAAAACGAAAAACAUCAGCAAUAACCUUAUUAUUGAAGCAAACCUAAAUGGAGAAUUGAACCUGAAAAUAGAAACUGAAUUAGUGUGUGUUACAAUUCAUUUUAAAGAUCUUGGAAAUCCUCCAUUGGCCUCUGAAAAGGCCUCUCAAGAUAGAAACCCAGAACAAAUGGCUGAGGUGCAGAUAGAUAUUAGGAAGCUCUUACAAUUUCUUGCUGGACAACAAGUAAAUCCUACAAAGGUCCUGUGCAAUAUUGUGAGUAACAGGAUUGUCCAUUUUCGAUUGGCUUCAUGA